UCCUGCUUCUGGGGUGGGGGAGGGUCUUUUUAUUCUCUUUCAUUGAAUCGCAAGGGAGACACUGAGCCUGUGGUACUGAGAUAAACAUGGAGUCUCAGGUCAGACAUAACUUCCAUCAGGACUGCGAAGCUGGGCUCAACCGCAUGGUCAACUUGAAAUACCGCAGCUCCUACGUGUACCUGUCCCUGUGUUCAUAUUUUAAUCGCGAGGAUGUUGCUCUUGCCAAUUUCUCCAAGUUCUUCCGGAAAUGUUACGAGGAGGAACAAGAACACGCAGAAAAACUGAUCAAAUACCAAAAUGAAAGAGGAGGACGGGUUUAUCUUCACAGCAUUGAGAAACCAGAAAGAGAUGACUGGACAGGCGGCUUAGAGGCACUGCAGACAGCUUUAAAGCUGGAAAAGACUGUAAACCAGGCUCUACUUGAUCUGCACAGUGUGGCUGGAGAUAAAAAUGAUCCUCACAUGUGUGAUUUUCUGGAGUCUCCAUUUCUUUCAAAUAGCACAGAGAUGAUAAAGAAGCUUGCAGAUCAUAUCACCAACCUAAAAAACAUGAGCAAAAGCCAUCCUGGUAUGGCAGAAUACCUCUUCGACAAACACACCCUUGGAUAACUUUCUUCACUCUUUCUAACUACAAUGGAAAUGCAUUGGGUAGAGUGAGAGCAUUCCUUUUUAAAAUAAAAUACAAAAUUGCUCUUUUUUUUGUACCAGAUUUGUAAAGAACUUAAAAAAAAUAAAUGAACAGAAAGUACUAUGUGAUCAAA